GUCCUAAAACCCUCUUCGGAAACUAAAACCCUCCAAACCUAAAAUCCCAGGUCUCAAUCCUCGGCAGCUCCAUCCCUAAAACCCAUAUCGACUUUCCCACUCCUUGCAAAUACCCAGAACCCAUUCCUCUCUGAAUCUCCACACCCUUCAUCUGCUCAGUGAAAAAGCUGCUUCUUGCUUCACCUAACUAUAAAGUAAAAGAAUUUCUGCAUCAAACGGUUUCUUGAGAUAGAUUGUACUAAUUGGAGAAACUACAGCUGCCGAAGAUCUCUGGGUCCUAGUAUGCUAGGCACCCGAAGACAAAUUCUCAGCCAUUCUCAUUACGCACAGAGGUUUUAUUCGUCUGAAAGUUAUUCAGUUCUUAAUUCACCUGGUCUUCAGCACUGGUUCAAGAAUUGGCAAGGACUCAGAAAACAGAAACUGACUGCAAGCACUUUUGCUGCGGCUAUUGGGUUUUGGAAUCGCAGAAGAGUCGGGCUUUGGUUAGAGAAAAUUGGAGCAACUGAGCCCUUUUCUGGUAACCUGGCUACCUGUUGGAAUAAUAUUAAAGAAGAGGAAGCACUUGAAAGAUACAAGUUGAUAACGGGAAAUUCAGUCUCGUUUCCUGAAUUUCAAGUCUAUGGAAAUGUAAAUCCAGGAGAUGACUGGCUAGCAGCUUCACCAGAUGGGGUGGUUGAUAACAUGCUGUAUGGAUUGCCUCGACGAGGAGUGCUGGAGGUUAAAUGCCCCUUUUUUGAUGGAGAUAUGAGCAAGGCUUUCCCUUGGUCCCGAAUUCCUCUUCACUGUAUUCCACAGGCUCAAGGUUUAAUGGAAAUAGUUGACAGGGAAUGGAUGGAUUUAUAUGUUUGGACGCCUAAUGGAAGUAGCCUAUUCAGGUUAUACCGAGAUGCAGCAUACUGGGAUAUGUUGAAAUAUGCUCUCUCAGAUUUUUGGUGGAAUCAUGUUCAGCCAGCAAGGGAGUUGUACAGUAAAUCUCAUGCUAUGCAUCCUCUCAUUGAAUCGCUCAGGCCACAACCCAAGCAUGAACAUUGGCAAUAUAUAGUUUAUGAAAGUAAGCGCAUUGUUGAAAGCUCGGAUUUAUUGUGGCGUGAAAUUCAUGGCAAGCUACAAAACUGAUGCAUCUAUGAUCUUUUGGUUUCCAUGAGUUUUGAAGCACAUAUAUUCCAGCUGAAACUGAGGCAACUAGUUCAUUUUUGGUUCACUUUUUAUGUGACUUAGAGUCCAUGUCAAGUAGCUGGCAUAUUGGUCUUAUCACUCUUAUGAUUGAUGUCAGUUACUUUCAUCACUAUACUCAUAACUCUUCCCAAGUGAUGAAAGAAAAAUAUACUGUGCUACAGGGUAUAGAAUUUGCAAAUUGCAAUGUUGCUGAUGAGAGUGACCACAUCUUUGUAUUAAGAAGGUUCUGGCAUAUUACGGUCAUGAAAGCAAAAUUUAAGAGGAUAACUACAUCCCUCGCUAUUGUCAUAACUCUAGGCCAGAACAUUGUAGUUGACUCGUACUCUGGAGAAGUUUGAACAGGUGCAGGUAGCUUACUUCUGAUCCCCAACAAAAGAAAUAUGAGGCAGGUCAUAUAUCAAGAAUUCGAGAUCUCCUUCCCAACUUUGAGGAAUUUAGAGAAAAAUGGUAUGGCGUUAUUGUAUUUGCUUGCCGUUCAUGAUACUACAUAUGCAGUGAGUAGGCUUUCGAAACGUGACGUCCUUGUAACAAUAUGAUGGCUCUUUACACAGAGGAGAAUUUCUUGCGGCUACAUUUACCAUUUUGUGUAAAAAAGAAAAAUAGUAAUGAUAUCUAUAAUAAGUUCAUAAUACAUAUGCUGAAUAAACGUUAUAACUGAAAAUACUGUCAGUCACAACUAUCUAUGUUCUCAAGUUUACGUCGUGACACGUUAUCUUUGGUCACUAUAACUAUACCAUACUUAUUAUUGGCUACUAAUUUUUUCAAAAAAAAGAAAAAACAUUAUUUUUUGUUUGUGACAAACAACUUCAAUUACAAUAAUAACCUGUAAUAAACAAUAGAAUUUAGUAAACUUAAAUGGUAAUUGUGCCUAAUAAUUUUUCUUAUU